AUGGCCUGGAGUCGAUUAAUAAGGUUUCUUGACGACCAAGAUCAGAUUCAUCUAGGCGAUGCGGUGGCUGAAUCUGCUCAAGACUUGACAAAUCUCUUAGAAGCUGGAAAUCUCAUCGCCAAUGAGCUUGUUGGUACUGAAUUAUUUGACACAAAGCCUACUGGAAAGACAGUCAAGGUUAAAAAGCUCCUAGGACCUCUGACACCAAGAGAUGUUCCAAUCAUCCGCUGCGUUGGCUUAAACUAUGCAAAACACAUCAAGGAAACAGGAAGGUCACCACCGCCACAUCCUUCAAUAUUCAUAAAGCCAUCUCGCUCAGUUACCGGCUGGAACGACGAUAUCCCAAUUCCAAAGAUUGCACAAAAGGAUCAGCUUGAUUAUGAAGGCGAACUGGCUAUCGUGAUUGGGAAGGAAGGGAAGGAUAUCUCGGCCGAAGAUGCUUUGAGCUAUGUGGCCGGAUAUACUGUUGCCAAUGACGUCUCGGCACGUACAUGGCAGAGAGACCCCAAAUUUGCAGGAGAAGUACCGCAGUGGUGUUUCUCCAAAGGCUUCGACUCCUUUGCGCCGCUUGGACCUGUGAUUGUAUCCCCAAGUGCCCUUGGAGCCGCGGAUGAUCUCAUCUUGCAGACCAAGGUAAAUGGGGAGGUCCGUCAGGAAGCGAGUACUAGUGAUCUAGUGUUUGGGGUUAAGAGAAUUAUCGAGUUUGUCAGUCAAGGCACGACACUUGAGAAAGGCUCAGUAAUUCUGACUGGCACUCCUGGUGGUGUGGCUCUGGGAAUGAAACCACCCGCCUGGCUAAAGGAUGGAGAUAUUGUAGAGGUGUCGAUUAGUGGGAUCGGUACUACACGAAACAAGAUGGUCUUUCAGUGA